CGCUCGCUCCUCCACCAUCGGUCCUAGGUGUCCUAGGUUAGAGCAGGCAAAGUUCAGAGCCACAUAGUUUACCAAAAUGGCCCUACCUCCGGAACAGAUCAGUAUCAAACGCCGUCGAGAAGAGGAACCGGUAGACACUUUAUAUAUCCAAUCUGAUUUGCAUCAGACAAAACGCCGCUUUACAGACUUCGUUUUCCAACGAGUCCAAGUCAGUGCCAAGGAUCUGGGAAGUGAAUCUCCCAGUGCUUCACCAGUGUCCGCGGCGCAAAGGUCUAUCCUUACUCCGCGUUCAGUGAGCGCCUCUGUAUCUCUGACUGCGGGCUCGGUGUCGGCCCGCGCUACAGGAGAGGUUCCUUUGGUGAGAGCCACGUCCCCUGGGGCCGAGCGUCGCGAAGAGAAACGCAUCGCGACCGUUCGUAGGGAAGCGGAGGAGAAACUGAAAAAGGCUUUGCAUUCUUCGCCUGGUCCGGCGCAGCGGAAAGCUCGUGAUGAGAGUGUAGGCCGAGACGUUCUUGGUGAUGCUACUGCGGCUGGAGUGUCAUCCACAUCUAGUGCGCUAGACAGCGCGUCGUCUUCUCCGGGACGCGCGCAGUCGUUGCGACGAUUUCAAAUCUCCCGAUCCAGUACGCCCAUGAGCCCCCUUCGGAGUAGCGGAGGAGGGGUGCAGAAACGUAAAGCAGACGGGGUUGCGGUACUCGUGGAGAAGCUUCGACGCAAAAAGCAUUCGCGACAGGCGUCCCUGGUAGCCGAUGCGGCCGUGCGAGCGGAUGAUGUCGCUUCUCGUGACAAUUCCGAUGUGGCUGAGGAACAGCCAAUCCCUCCACGGAAGCGACCGGUGGUAAACCAGGCCGAGAGAAAAUGGAGGGAAGAGCGUAAGGUGGCGAUCUCGGCUGCGAAAAAGCAUAUCUCGCAGGUAUUGGAACAAGGGGCCCAAGCGCGCCAUAGCAACUGGGAAGACGAGUCAGAAAAGCUAGCUCGGGAUCUUGAGCAAAUCGCGUUAGAACUAGAAGGAGACAUGGAAAUGGAGGUAUCGCACACAGAUACGAAACACAACGCCCCUCAAUCGACGGUUGGACGGACUCAUUCGGUGAUGCCCAAACCUCCGUUGAAAUAUCCUCCUCGCACACCCAACAAGCUUCGUGCCGCGGCGUCUGCAGUACGCACGCAAGGGGCCACGGAUCCUGGUGGAUCCAUCACGCCUGCCACACCGGCACCGCUCAAUCUACACUCCACUGCAGGGCAGGAUGACGACAGUGACGGGGAGUAUGUAUACGAUACGUACAUCCGACGUCCUCUGCCGAACGGAGGUCAGCUUACGAACGCACUAGCGGAUUUAGAACUAGACCAAGAUGAGUGGCUCCGGCAGAAGGGUAUCGAUACGACUCGUCAGGACAUCGGUGUGAUCGUCAUCUCACCAGAAGAUGAAGAAUACUGGGAACAUUUUGCAGAAGAUGACGACGAUGAAGACCAGUGGGACAGUGAAGACGGGGACUCCAAUGCCGAGAAUAAUCCCGCGAAUGACUAUCCCGACGAGGAACUCUCUUGGGAUGACGAAGAGGAUGACCCCAAAGCCAUCUACAACCGGUAUCGGCAUAAUCACUCCGAUGAGGAAGAGUUCGGCUUUGACGAUUCCUCCAGUGAGCGCUUCGGGUACGGUUUUGGAUACGGACAGAGACAACGGGCGCACGUGGAUUCCGAUGACGAGAGCUGGUGAGGGUACGACGACGGGUGGCUGCAUUGAUUAUUCUACUGGAUCCAGGUGCUUGUCCUGCACAGUACUUUGGAGAAAGAGAGACCAGCAGGGAUGGAAGGUAACACAUCAUCAGUCACCGUUCCCUUGCCUCACCUCCUACACUCACCGCAAUUCUGCAGAUGCAGUCGAGGGUAUAUUAUGAGACCCGAGUCUGUUUCUGCAGAGUAACCUUCAUUCUGCAUGCAGACUCCAUCGCACAGCAUGUGCAGUACAGUACGUAUGAUUACACACACCCUUGGAUAUGAGUUAAUCCCUGUUCCUUACAUGCAUAAAUACAACGUUGUAAGGGUGCUAGUAUGUAUGGUCGUACUGUAUGUAUUUAUAUACUAAGUACAGGAUGAAAAGCAAAAUGAAGUGAAGUACAUACAGAUGACCCUCGAGUCAUGCUAUCCCAUUCUCACCAAAAACAAAUCCCGAAUCUAAAUAUGUCAGAGCAAACCUCCGCAGAAAAUCCUUUCCUUGAAAGAAAAUCAGAAUCGCGAUAAGAUACAUACAAAACUCUACGAGAACACAAAUAUUCGACAACUCACCUACAUAAACAGUAUAAUUAAUAAUCUACAGGCUCUCAUGCCGCUUCAUCACGCAGAAGGGAAGGGAAAACAAAAUCAAA